CUAAGGGAGGCUCAUGAAUAUGUGUGCAUCAGUGCACCAAGGAGAAUUGGGGUCAGUCCCAGUUAUAUUUGGUGGUGUGAAAGGACUAAUGGGUUGUGACUUAUGAGGCCUAGGCGUGGUUUUAGUCACGGUGGGUACGGUUUGGUGUGGAUUUACCUGCCCCUUAACUAUUUCCAAUGCAAUUCAGGCCAUCAGUCAAGCCUCCCUUUCAUUUCCUGCCCCACAGUCCCCUCCCUCCUCUCAGCUUACCGAGUAGCAAUUGCCCCCACCAAGGAUGAAAAAGAUAUUCGAUCAAAUUCAUGUCUCCUCAGAUUCCACUAUUCACUCUUGAGUCUAUUUCCACUCCUGAAACUCCUUUGUUUGUGUCUGUUCUGUUGUCUCCCCUCCCCUGCUUUCUGCGCUCUUGUCUAUACUCUUCUCUGAGUUGCAAUUUUCCUAAUACAGUUAGGUGGGGCUGCUCACCCUCCCUUUGUCAGCAUUCUCCUGUCACUCCGUCAGUCCACAAGGCUGACAAUUUGGGCUACAAACCAAGAUAUAUCACCCAUAAAACCUCAAUACACAAGGAUAACACUACUGAAUCAUAAAUCCUUUCCUUAUUCUUUCCUUUGCACUACAGUCCUAGUUGUUAUUACUUCCAUUUUGUUUUGUUGUCUUUGGCAGAUCCCAGAUGAAGACAAUCAUGGCUAAGAACCCUCAUGAAUCAUUCUCGUUCUCUAGGAGAUAUUUCAACUUCAAGAAAAAGGUUGAAGACGAAGAUGAUGAGGAAGAAAUUUUCGCUUUCAGCUCCUCAUCACUUGGUUGUGAGGAGGAGUUGAAAGGUAUUGAUCAGGAUAUCAGUCAUUCAAUGCAUACACUUCCUGUCAAACCACCAAAGAAGAAGCUGACAAGUUUAGCUGUUUCCAAGCUUAGGGCUGCUUUUGCAUUUGGUAAUAAGAAUCGCAGUCGCUUUUCUGGUCUUGGCACCAAAGUUGUAGGUACCCUCUUCGGGUACAGACGCGGGCAUGUGCAUUUUGCAUUUCAAGAAGAUCCCAAGCUGAGUCCAGCAUUUCUUGUUGAACUCGCAACUCCUACUAGCGUUUUGAUUAAAGAAAUGGCUUCAGGGUUGGUUAGGAUUGCUCUUGAAUGUGACAGAAAAACAACAGAGAAGAAAAAUGUGAAGCCUUUGCUAGAAGAACAAAUAUGGAGGACUUAUUGCAACGGCAGAAAAUGUGGUUAUGCAACUAGACGUGAAUGCGGAGCUGAGGAAUGGAAAGUUUUGAACUCUAUUGGUCCAAUUUCAAUGGGGGCCGGUGUUUUACCAGGAGCUGGAAAGGGAGAUGGCUCUGAGGGAGAACUCAUGUAUAUGAGAGCCAAGUUUGAGAGAGUUGUAGGGUCUAAAGAUUCAGAGGCCUUUUACAUGAUGAAUCCUGAUGGUCAUGGAGGUCCCGAACUUAGCAUUUACUUGCUCAGGGUUUAGGUUUCCUGGCCACUUUUAUCUGUAUUAUCUAUUUAGUAGUACCUCAGUUCAAUGUUGUAAUAUAUUACUAUGAAUGAAUGCUUGGGGCUUACUCUGCUAAGUCAUGAGAUAAUAGGGCAGCGGUUCUUCAUGGGUUUUUUUUUUCUUGCCAAUGCAGAAUUUCGGAAUGUUUGGUUUGGUGUU